AUGGGGCAUCUAACCAAUGCUUAUUGGUUUGCACCCCAAAGGAGCGAAAGUAUCAGUGGAAGCAACAAGUCAUCACCUAAGGGCAGUGGUGGAUCAAAGUCCAAUGUUCAAGGCAAGGUGUUUGCCAUGACUGGCUCUGAAGCAACAAAAUCUGAUGACCUCAUUCGAGAUAAAUGUAUUCUAAAAGACAAAUUUGUUGAUGUUCUAUUUGACUCUAGUUCUACACAUCCUUUUGUCUCUUUGGAUUGUAUAAGUUGUCUUAAAUUACCUGUUUCUUCCUUGCCUUGUACUGUUGUAGUAUCUACUCCCACAGAUCAACUUGUUGUGACUUCACAUCUAGACAUUGUGUUAGGAAUGGAUUGGUUGUCAUCCAAUCAUAUCCUUCUUAACUGUAAAGAGAAAACACUAAUUUUCGAUGCUAAGGUAUCGGGAGAUUCUAGAUUCCUAAGCGGGAGUGACUCAAGGAGCAUGAACAAUGCCAAGGCCUUUAUGGUGUUAUUCUUUAUUGAGGUAGAAAGAAGUAGGAAGGUGGAGAGCAUAGCAGUGGUGAAUGAAUUCUUAGAGGUUUUCUCAAAGGAUGUGACCGAAUUAUCACUAGAAAGGGAGAUUGAGUUCAUAAUUGAUCUCAUGCCAGAAGCAAGCCCAGUCUCCAUUACACCUUAUCGAAUGUCGCCAAUUGAAUUAGUUGAAGUAAAGAAGCAAGUAGAAAACUUGUUGGAAAGGCAAUUUGCGAUACCCAGUGUAUCACCUUGGGAAGCGUCUGAUGUAACACCUUAA